AUGGUCGGCAGUGCUACGCAGGCGGCCAUAGAGUCAGGAGGGGCGGAUGCGGCGGCGGAAUCUGGGGGGAACGGCUCUGGGUGGGUAAAUAUUCCCCUUCAGCCAUGGAUUGAGGGGCAACCGCCCGUUGAAAAGGACGUAGAGGAUGCAUACGUGCCUACAGCAGAGGAGGUGGCAGCUGCAGCAGCGGAUUCGGCGGGCGAGAACGAGGUGGAGGUGGAGGAGGAGGUGGAUGAGGAGGGGGUCGGGGAAACUUGUGUAGGACGCGGAGGAAGUAGUGCACGGGGACGAGUCCGGGCAAGGGGACGGGCUGGCCGCGUGCAGGGUCGUUCGAGCGAAGGAGCAACCGAAGAUCACGGUGGGAGGCACGCCGGCGGUACCUCAAGAGGUGGACGAGGAGGUGGGAGGGUUGGUCGUGUGGCGCAGGGGGGUGGCGACGCUAGAGCGGAGGGUUCAGCCCCAGUAGAGGACGGCCCGUCACGUGCUGACACGCAGCGCAACGAGGGGGUUGGGGGCACGCCGUUGCGAGCUGGUGGUACCAGUCGUGGCGGCGGGACGUCGGGUGGAAGGCAGCGUAGGAUGAAGCGUCAAAGGGAGCGAAAGGAUCUGCAGUUCCCUCUUGGGGGUUACGGGAUGGAUGGGAAGGGCCCUGUCGUGCCCGAUGGGGAUGGAGCGUGGGAACACGCGGCAAGUUGGCCUAACAUCCCAGCCACGGCCGCGGAGGGGGUGGGGGGGGGCACGAGUGGUGGGAUUCGUGCUGCCAGCAUGUCCUCAUACAUCACUCCCCGGGUGCAGGAGCAGGAGCUGCGCUCUGCUCUGGUGGAGAUGUUCGCCGAUGCCGAUCUGCCAUUCCGCCUUGUCGAUCGGCCAUUAGUGAGUCUUUGUUAUUGUUCGGCUACAGCAUCGCAUUGUGCAUAUCAUUGA